CAGACACAAUGCGAUUCUGGAAUCUCUUCACCCCAAUCGCUUUUCUCCCCAUUGCCACAGCUGAUUUCACUGUUGGCACAGUUUCUCUUACAACUUCACAAGGGGCUGCAGUCAAUUCAUCCACCAUUAAUGGCUACUUUCAAUUUGGGGAACAGAUGCGGUUCAACCUUUGCGACAGUGUUGUUCAGAUUAUUCAUACAACAUGGAUACUUCUCCCUGAGGAAUUAGGAGCAAAUGGAACAUGCAGUAAGAUCCAGGGUCCUGUCCAACCAUGCACCAUUUAUGGUGCCGUGUACAAGUGGAAUGCUAGGUUGUCAUGCCCAUCACUGAUAUCCCAUGGAUAA